AGUCUGGGCCACCCGGGGGCCGGACCGCGCCUACCACCGGGUCCGCGGGGCGGGGUCCCGGGGCGGCACCUGCCCCGCCUUGCGGAGCCGCCUCGGCCUGCGGAGCCCCCUCCGGGUCUGGACGCCAGCCCCACCACCCGGGGAGGAGCGACUUUUGACACUGGCCUCUAGCACUGACAGUGAGGCUAUCUCCCACACUGGUGGACCGCUGACCUUCAAGAAGAGCUUCGUGGUCUGGAGGUGUGGACUGAGGGCGUGGGUUAAAAACAAAUGUUCUCUGAGUGCAGGGGAGCUGGCAUGGUUUGAUCUUUUUACCACAUCACCUCCUCCCGAGAGCCUGCCUUGAUUGCCUUCACCUCCUUUCCUGGAGUCUCGUGUCUCAGCAGAAGUUAAGUGGAGCCUUGUGCAGAUGCCCUAGGGGCACACUGUUGGAAGGGGCGCAGCCCCGGUGAUGCAGAACUCUACACUCAGAUUCAUCAGUUUGAAUUUCCUGAGGCCCUGCAGCCCCAGGGACCAUGUUUAACGGGGAGCCAGGUCCAGCCUCAGCUGGGGCCUCCAGGAAUGUGGUUCGGAGCUCCAGCAUCAGCGGUGAAAUCUGCGGAUCCCAGCAAACUGGGGGUGGGACCGGGACCACCACCGCCAAGAAGCGACGUAGCAGCCUGGGUGCCAAGAUGGUGGCCAUUGUGGGCCUGACUCAGUGGAGCAAGAGCACACUCCAGCUUCCUCAGCCUGAAGGGGCCACCAAGAAGCUGCGGAGUAACAUCCGAAGGAGCACGGAGACAGGCAUUGCAGUGGAGAUGCGGAGUCGAGUCACCCGCCAGGGCAGCCGGGAGUCCACGGAUGGGAGCACAAACAGCAACAGCUCCGACGGCACGUUCAUCUUCCCUACCACCCGACUUGGAGCUGAAAGCCAAUUCAGUGAUUUCCUGGAUGGGCUGGGACCAGCCCAGAUUGUAGGGCGACAGACACUGGCAACACCCCCCAUGGGUGAUGUGCACAUUGCCAUCAUGGACCGGGCUGGCCAGCUGGAGGUGGAAGUGAUUGAAGCUCGGGGCCUGACUCCCAAGCCAGGCUCCAAAUCCCUUCCAGCCACCUAUGUCAAGGUUUACUUGCUGGAAAAUGGAGCCUGCUUGGCAAAGAAGAAGACAAAGGUGACCAAGAAGACCUGUGACCCCCUGUACCAGCAGGCUCUGCUCUUUGAAGAGGGGCCCCAGGGCAAGGUGCUGCAGGUGAUCGUCUGGGGAGACUACGGCCGCAUGGACCACAAGUGCUUUAUGGGCAUGGCCCAGAUCAUGCUGGAUGAGCUGGACCUGAGCGCUGCGGUCACUGGCUGGUACAAACUCUUCCCCACCUCCUCUGUGGCAGACUCCACGCUCGGAUCUCUCACCAGGCGCCUAUCCCAGUCCUCCCUGGAGAGUGCCACCAGCCCCUCGUGCUCCUAAGGACUUCACUCAGGACGAGAGGCUGGGUGGUGGUGUGGGAAGGGAGCCUACUGGCCCCCACCUGCCCUCUGUACAUAGUCUCCAUGUUUCUCUGGACUCUUCACCCUGCUGCAUGUCUGCUGGCUACUGGGCUUGUCCCAGCUGGCAGUGGAGACUGUAGUCUGUGUGUGUGUGCGUGUGUAUGUGUGGUUUGUGUAUGUGUCUAUGUGUGACCACAUUAUAUCUGUUCGUUUGUCUGGGUACAAUCAGUCCUGGUGACCACAUGUCUCUUUGUGUCACAUUGAAAAGAAGUGUUGUGUGGACACAACUCACUCCAAGGAGCUUCCAGGGGUGAAAGUGGGAGAUGGGGCCGUUGGUUGGUUGAUCCUGCCUGGUCCCCUGCCUGGGGCAGAGCCCCACCUGUGCCUCCUCUUGGUGGUCUUGGCUUGAUUUUCUGUCUCGUCUUUUGUAUCACCCUUUGCCUCUCCCAGCGUUGCUGCUCUUUUUGAGGAAUGUAGCAUCCACUGCAGCUGGCCACAACUAUGCCCCUCUGGGAGCUCCCUCACCCCAUUCCAGCUGCGUUGGCAGCUCUUCCCCACUGAACACAUCUUGCGGCAUGUAGCAGUCAUCCAGUGCCCUGGCCAGGGAUCCAGGGGAGGCUGAGGAUGCCCUGGGAGCAGAGGGCUUUGAAAUGGCUUCAUCUUUGGGCUAGACACACCCCUUCCUACAGGCAAGCGCAAGGAUGUCUUCGUUCCCAGGGGUACUGGCCAGAUACCCCAGCAGGAAGGGCCGGGUGCUCCCUUGGCCUCUGUUUAUGACCACCUCUCUCCCUUCCAGCCUCCUGUCCUCUGACAUGCGAAAAGAGCUCUCCUGGUGGGCCCAGGAGGUCCAUGGAGAUGUCACCUGGCAAAGCAGACAGCCAUCCCUCUCUGGGCUCCUCCUGAGGGGUGCAUGGCUUGGUAGAAGGUGCAGAGGGUAGGACUCUUUGCUGGAAAAAGGAGGACUGAGGCUGACUACUGAGAAUCCUGCCUAACCUUGAGGAAUUAGCUGCAUGAAGCUGUUCAUCUGGGGCUCUUAUUUUCUGCUCAUUUCCAGUCCAGGGUCCCUGUCUGGAGCUCAGACACACUUGGGCUUCAGCCUCCUGGCUCCACGGGCAGCCUGGCUCUGGCUUCUGGUCUGCCACAGUCACCAGCUCUGUAUAAGCAAUACUUUCCCCUUUCAGCUUCCUUGCCUUCUCAUGUGCUCCCGCUGCCCUCUGGGAAAUGGCCUGCUCUGGGCAUGCCAACUGCCUCUGCUUUAUUUCCUACCCUUGUCUGAGGCUUCUCUCAGCCACUCAGACACUGAGUUGACUGCUAGGCCCCAUUGUGAGAAUGGACCGUGGGAGGUCUUGCACUGGACUCUGGGAGCUAUCUGGUGGGAGCCCUGAAAUCCGGUUCAAAAACGCCACAUCUGUCCUUCUCCCUCCUCAGCUCUAAGAGUGAAGGGUGAGAGGCUGCCCAGGGGAUGGACAGAGUAGCCUGGGUUCAAGGCUGGUAGGAAGUAGGUAGCAGGAGGGGCCAGGGUAUGGGGAAGGCUCUUUCUGCUUCUUCUAUAGUCACUGGGCCCAGUGCUGAUGUACCUCUUGCCUGGGCAUGUGGGCUGGAGAGAGCUAAUGAGGAAGAGUGGGAGGCCCUCAGGGCCGAGUGUUGAACUUUCAUCCAUACGCAAGCUGGAGGGGUGAAGGCUGUCUCAGUCCAGAGGGCCUUCUUGUCUGGCAAAGGUCCUCCCUGGGUAGAAGCCAAAGUCCUGUGACCUCACUCACAAGGAAAUGAGGGGAGGAGCCAAGACCCAUUUGUUUCACCCACCACAAAAGUGGGUAAAGGCAGGAGGGAAAAUGUACAAUUCUAUCUCUGGGCCGAGCCUGGAUACUUGCAUUUUUAGAGAAGAGAGACACGGUAUGCAUGGAGGAGGGUGAGGAGGUGGCCAGCCAGUUUCUUCUUUGGGCAGAAGUGCUCUCCCCACUCCUGCUGGGAAAUGUGUUUCUUGUGUUCCUAAAAUUGGGGCAGAGGGCUCUGAACUCUUAAACCCUAGUGGGAGGAAUACAGUACAGGGAGGAAACUCACUUGCAAAUUGGUGUUUUUCCUCUCCUGUUGGUGAUGUGUUUACCGCUAGGGCAGUUGCCUUCUGGAUGGUCUGAAAAUAUACCUUCUGGAGUGGGGGGGAGUGUUAGUGAUCCACAGAUAGCAUAGACUUGCUCAUGUGGCACUGAGUCACCCUCAGGAAAUGGGGCUGUCAGUACCCGUAUGCCCUAAGGGUCCAGGGAGGCCCUGGGAGGAGAUGGGAGCUGUCGGCAGGAAGGCUGUCCUGUGUAACCCUUGUGCCUGGGGUCAGCACAAGAGAAGUUUUAGGAAGGGGAAGGGCCCGAUGUGCUGGAAACUCGGGCUGCCCUGCCUCUCUAGUCCCCAGCUGUGAAAAAUGCCUGGGAGUUGGGCCACUUGGCUGUUACACCUCUUAAUCAAUGAUAAUUCCCUGCAAACGGACCGUGGGAAACUAUUCUUUUUAACCCUUCACACCAAAUAAGUUAUGAGUGUCGAUCCCACCCCCCUACCCCCCCAUCCCCCUCCACGGGUGAGGUUGUGUGAGGCUGCCCUGUGUGUAUGAGAGAGUACAGCUGGAUUUAAGGAUCUAAUUCUCAGCAUCCUGGAUGCAGGGCUUGCUGGGAAGCCACUCUGAAACUAACCUGUCCUGGAAGAGGGAGAUGUACAAGUUGACUCAGGCCUCCUCUGUGCUGAGAGAGGGCGGUGGGAAGGAAGGAACAUGACCCUUCUGAGUUUCCCUACUGUGGGACUAAGUCAGAUCCCCUAACCCCAGAUGAGAGUGACAGUGGUGAUAGCACAAGCCUUUGCCAUGCCACUCCGCUGGGCAGGCAGGAUCAUUGGUGAUGUAGCAGAGACAGAAGUGGCUCUACAGUGAUGCUGGACUGUGGGCAGGGACAGUGAUGGAUGAUUCAGAGCAUCUGUCUUCACAUUUCUGCUCAGCUCAGUCUGUCCUACUUUCUUCAUAGACUCCUUUCCCACAGGGAAGUCUGCGAUGGACCCUUAGUAUGCGGCACCCUUCAGUAAAUGAGUCAAGUCUUGGUUUGACAAGGGGAUUUGAACCAUCUUUGAAAGUACUCCCUACCUAGUUUCUCUGCCACCCAUUUCUACUAGGAAAGGAGCACUUGCGAGGCUCUUGGGAUCCUGCAGGUCCCCUGCAAUACCAGCAUUUCAUGGGGCCAAGAUAGGAUAGAGGAUAGGUCUAGGGAGAGGGCCCUGGAUCACUCCUCACUCAUGGAACCACUGCCAGUUGGAACACUGAGGUCAAGCCAGCUCUCCCAGGGGCUUGACUCCCACCAGGAAAAUGUGACUGAGCUCUUUACUGCCAGCCUUGACAGCAAAAACCUCUAUUUUUAAAGACAAUAGAGCUUCAAGGGUACUUCUUUGGAAAUGAAAUGUAGCACAAGCCUAGACUGAAUUACCAGGAGCUCUGACAUGCAUCCUGGGGCCCUACCCCAGGUCCUGCUGCCCAGAGGGUGCUGAGCUCCUCUUCCCUUGGGGCUCUAGAGCUCCUAAUACCUCACAUUCCCUAUCUCCCUCGGCUCAGAAAGCAGCAGAACCUUAGUAAGGCUGCUCUUCUGUGUUUCUCUGAUUGCUUCCAGCACUGUGCAAACUCUGGGCAAGAAACUGCUGCCUUUGCCUGAUGUUGUAGAAGAGUUGCUCUCCACCUGGGUGGGGAAAGGUGGCACUUCAUCCAGGGCCAGAAGGUUGUCUGCAGUGUUUCUGCAGUGGCUGCCAGGAGGUGGAAUAGAGGCCUGCUUCCCUGCCUCCUCCCACUUUUCUCUUCCUGUCCUCACAGUUGUCUUCUCCAAUGUCCUGACAUAUACAGAGGUUCUUUAAAAUGCUGCUCCCUUUAGUAGACUGUCUUUCGCUGGAUGAUUAAGGAGGAGAUGAAGAUGUAGAUCAUCCCCUGCCUUCUGCCUCCAGUCUGCUUUUCAUCCAUAUCCGAGGAGAUUGGGACAAAGCAAGACAGUCCCGUUGGAAGAGCAGGGGAGCCCGUACAAUCAGAAGCAGCCUGACAGUAGUGGGAUUGGCCUGGUCUGGCUCGGAAAGGGUUACUUUGAAAGUGUGCCUGAGCAUCUCAGAGCAAUGUCAGUGAUGCCAAAGAGAGCGACUUGGCCUCCUUGGGCACCAACUCUGCUGGUGGAGCUGCACAAAUGUAGCUCAGAUGUUGGCAAGCCCAAAGGUGGGACCUUGUUCUCUGACAAAGGGCUUAAUCUUUCCAUGUAGCAAAGCAACUUCCCCCAUCCCCAACCCACACUUGGGCAUCUGCAGGCCCGGUAUGGCUGUGCCUGUACAGGAAGCCACAUGUAUGAAAGAAACUUUCACUCUCCCAGGGGCCUAGACUAGCUUGGGAAGGUGCUCUUUGAGAAGUGUGAGUGCUAAUGCUCUGGAGAAACCUUCCAGGGCUGUGACUGGAAACCUGGCCACUAAGGGUAGGGCCUUGGACCUCCCAAGGAUUCACACUGAUUCCAGGAAGAGUCCCUUGGACUGGAUUCCAGACUACCUGGAUAACAGAAAACAGGCCUGGGCAUUCCAGGGACAACUGAGCAUCUUUCCCCUUAGCCAAUGACCUGGACAGGGAUGGCUGCUCUAUACCAUUUUGCCAGAAACUGUGAUCUUGUACAAGACUACUCACUUAUCUGGGCCUCAGCUUCUUCAUUUGCAAAAAUCUGAGCAUUAGCUAGUUGCUCCGUGUUCCCUCCAGGUUUUAGAAGUCUGAUCUGGAGCUUCUGAGAGUUGUGAGCUGGGUGCACCUGGCACAUGGUUCCAUAGGCUGGUUUCACCCAACCCCUGGUGCCUAAGCUAGGCCUAGGUCCUCAUCUGAUCUAUGCCCAGAUGCUGCCUCUAACAACUCUGGGAAUCCUAACAGACUCUGCUUUCACCUUUUCAUAGUUUUCUCUCCCUCCUUCACUCUUAUGUCACCAUGAGAAAUAAUUAAGGGUUGUCUGUAAUGGACAAUUUUCAAGGUGCUGAUGUGAUGUCACAACCUCAGUUGCAUCUUAAGUAGGGUCUGUGUCCCCACCAGCAGAUGAGGCUGGGUUGUUCCUCAUUUCUACUUCUACAUGACAGCAAUGGGAAGAGUUGAAGAUCUGAAAAUUCUAAAGGAAAUGCCCUCAGUUAGGAGGAGAGAGGGAACUGAUUUCCCAUCCAAGUAUUUUGCUUUUUAACACCACUCUUCCCUGCAAAAUAUCUUUUACCACACAUCAUCUCAGAAAGCAGUGGCUGCUUCCUUAAGGAAAGCAUGCCUGAGAGUUCUGUCAACUCCUUUAGUAUGUAAACUCACAGAAGGCAGGAAUCCCUUUUUUUAGAAUUUCCAAAUGCAUCCUGCAAAAAGAGAGAUAGCAGUUAGGGACUGACAAGCACACUGUUUAGAUAAGAAGCAAUUAGCCUUUUAUAUCUGUGCUCUGAAUUUUCUAUGUGCAGCAUCUUUCCAAACUCUGGUCCUGGGUGGCAGGUGGACAGCUGGGAGGGACUGCCGGCUGUUUUAUACAAUGUUCUUGCCAAUUCCCUUAAGAAGAAUAUUCUUCACAUGGCUUCUGCAUGUACAGUAUUUGGGCAGCAAAAAACGAUUAAAGUCCACUUGAAAUUGG